AUGUCGAUUUUUGGCGGCUCCGAGCGGUUCCCCAAUGAACCAGCUCGAUCGCCAGGACCGAUCUACGCCAAGCCGGAGAUACGCGCCAAUGCGCAAGUUGUUAUGAAGGCCGACUACCGGCCUGUAGACGAGAGUCGGAAAUGGGGCAAGCGCGAGAGCUGGAUCGGGGAAAGUGGCCGAGCCCCUGGUCACUACAACGACAAUGUAAAUCCUGUCAAAACAAGAGCACCGAAGAUGUCAUUCCCGAAAUCCGACCGCUUCCUAUCGCAGAAAGUAAAUAUGACGGAUAUGAACCACCAGCGCGAGCUCAUAUCGGUGGAGAGUCCCGGCCCGAAGUACAACGUCAACUAUUUGGCGGCAAACGGCGGCAGGGCUGCUCCUCCCAAAUAUUCCUUUGCAGCGCCCCCUUCACCGAAGACGACAGCGCGCGCCGAGGCCCACAAGACGCGGCUGCCUGACGUUGACACUCCUCGGCGCGGCCACCGCGAGUCGUGGCUAUCUGUUAUCAACCGCAACGGCGUCUUGGUCAUGCCAGCGUCGCCCGUAAGACCUCGUCAGUUUUCAAACGGAGGCACUUCAACACCAGAACAGGCUCGCGCGACGCCACCCGAGGAAGGUACCCCACCUACACCAAGCAACAAUGCCAGCGUGAAGAACGGCGGCAACGCGUUCGGCCACGAACAUCGCUUUGGCAAGCGACAAAUUGAGCAGCCCAAGCCCAAUACCCCCGCUGCAGGCAACACCCGCGUGCAGUUCGUGUCGGCCACGCACACCCGCGAGAACAUGGGUGAGUUCUCGCCAGGUCCGAUCUAUUCGCCGUACAACCCGGAGUGCCCCGGCGGCCGACUGGCGCCGUCGCCAAGGACAGGUCGGCGACCACAGCCGCCAGGCAGCCCGGCCGACCCGAAAGACCCGCACGCGAACCCGAGCAGCCGCAGCUCGUGGCUUGCGGGCGCUGUCCGCAAGUGCGAGGGGCAGGAAACUGUGCUGCUGCGCAUGGGGGACAUCCCGCCCGGCCCGGGCUCGUACGCGGAGCCGCUGUCCUCGUUCGCCACGUUCUCGCACAACGCCAAGGCCAAGUCGAUGCGCUCGUCCGCCAUGGUCUCCCGGCCGUCACCGAGGAAGACUGGAGCCGCGUCCGCGCGGCAGCUGCGCCAGCGAGAGGCCUCGCCCCGCAAGGGCAGCGCCAUGACGAGACCCGCCGAGCCCACGGGGCCCAACAACGAGUCCUAG